AUGGUGGAGCUGGAGGCGGCCUUCGCCGUCGCCAGCGUGCUGGCCGUGGUCACCGUGGCCGCCCUGCUCCGCGCGUGCUCCCGCCGCGCCGCGCAGCCCGCGCGCCGGAGGUCGUCGUCGGAGGCCCGCGCGGUAGCCGACGCCGUCUUCGUGGGCGGCGUGGAGGACGUCGAGGCGGGGCUCGACGACGCCGCGCUCCGGGCGCUGCCCAAGGUGGUGUACGGCGACGAGGAGGAGGGGGCGGUGGCGUGCUGCGCGGUGUGCCUGGGCGAGUACGCCGCCGGGGACGUGCUCCGGGUGCUGCCCCAGUGCGCGCACGCCUUCCACCAGCGCUGCGUCGACCGCUGGCUGCGGCUCCACCCGACGUGCCCCGUCUGCCGCUCGCCGCCGGUGACCACCCCCGUCGCCACCCCCGCCAAACCACCCUCGCCGCCGUCCUGA